GAGGCCCCAGUCACUGAGCCGCCUCCGAGGACUCAGCAGCCUCCCCCUUGAGCCCCCUCGCUUCCUGACGCUCCGUCCCCCCCCCCCGCCCGCCUUCUCCCGCCGCCGCCUUCCGCAGGCCGUUUCCACCGAGGAAAAGGAAUCGUAUCGUAUGUCCGCUAUCCAGAACCUCCACUCUUUCCACCCCUUUGCUGAUGCAAGUAAGGGUGAUGAUCUGCUUCCUGCUGGCACUGAGGAUUAUAUCCAUAUAAGAAUUCAACAGAGAAACGGCAGGAAGACCCUUACUACUGUCCAAGGGAUCGCUGAUGAUUACGAUAAAAAGAAACUAGUGAAAGCGUUUAAGAAGAAAUUUGCCUGCAAUGGUACUGUGAUUGAGCAUCCAGAAUAUGGAGAAGUAAUUCAGCUACAGGGUGACCAGCGCAAGAACAUAUGCCAGUUCCUGGUAGAGAUUGGACUGGCUAAGGACGACCAGCUGAAGGUUCAUGGGUUUUAAGUGCUUUUGGCUCACUGAAGCUUAAGUGAGGAUUUCCUUGCAAUGAGUAGAAUUUCCCUUCUGUCCCUUGUCACAAGUUUAAAAACCUCACAGCUUGUAUAAUGUAACCAUUUGGGGUCUGCUUUUAACUUGGACUAGUGUAACUCCUUCAUGCAAUAAACUGAAAAGAGCCAAAAAUAAA